CGAUGGAGCAACGCUGAGAUCUCAGAGCAUUACAGCGCCUGCAUCAAACUCUCCAGCGAGAAUAAAAUCAACAUGAAGAAUGCCUUUGGCUUGCACCUGAUUGACUACAUGGCAGAGAUCCUGAAAUCGGAGAGCUCUGACAUCACCAACUUCAAGGUGGCAGCAGGAACGCUGGACGCCAGCACCAAGAUCUACGCCGGGCGCGUGGACGCAGUCCAUGCCGAAACCUACAGAGUCCUUGGAAGCUUAGGCAAGGAGGCAGCACCUGCCAAGGAUGUGGACAGCCCAGAUGAAGAAGACAGUGCAGUUCCUGUGACUACCAAGAAAGUUCAGAUAAAGAAAAAACAGUCCAAAACCAUCGAGCAGAACGUGAACAACCUCAACGUGUCGGAGGCCAAUCGCAGACGUCAGGUUGAUCCCAUGUUCCAGAGAGCAGCUGCAUCUUUUGAUGGCUGCAGCGGUGCUGGCAUUUUCCUCACUUUGCUGCGUGUCCAGGACUUCCACAGUGAGCUCAAAUUUGACUCUGAGAUUGUGCCUCUCCCUUCCUCAAAGACUCUCACGCUGCCAAGCUCGGAGCCUGUGAAAGUGGCAGAUUUAAAGUCCCUACUAGCUCAGUGCACUGAAAAACGUCCCAUCUGCUCCUCACUGGCUGGUUUCCAGUUCACAAAGUGGGAUGCUGAGUCCUGUGAUGAGUCAGUGUCUGCACUGCUGGAGAAAUUCAAGAGGAGUGAACAAGUAUUUGAUAUCAACGCAGAGAUAGACAGCGAUGAGGAAGACUGUGCUCCUGCCCUGCCAGAUGAUGACUUCCAUUUAGAUUCCCCUGGGAAUACAGACAGGAUUGGGGAAUUCAUAGAAAGCAUCGAGACCUUUGAAACAGUCAACCAAAACAAGAGGACUGAGGCAGAUCCUUUCGGCGACGGCGACAUCAGGACCAUGAGCCUCCAUCUCUCCAUGAAUCCAGGGGAAUAUUCCUACUUCAGCCCCCGCAUCCUGUCCAUGUGGGCUGGCCCCAAGCACUGGCACUUCAGACCUCAACCCAAAUCUGACGCCGACUCAGAAAAACAGACCAAAAAAAGGACCAUAAAGAAAGCAUUUAAGAUUAACUUUGAGGAACAUAUUGACUUUGAGGCCUAUUUCUGCAUGACCAAGGUGCCUCUAACUCUAGCCAAAUCCACUCUGGAAAAACGUAACCUCAGGAGCAUCACAUUGCCCCCAGCCUUCGACUACGACCCUAAGAACCUUUGCCAGCUCUUCCUCAAACCAGCUGUUAAGCUCAGCAGGAGGCUGAUGCCAGUGAGUCUGUUGGAUAACGAAGCUGGGAUUGAUGACUAUGACUACAACAACCCCAGAGACACCUCUGAUUUCUGCCCUGCAGAUGAAGAUGUUUAUGAUGAUGAUGAUGAUGAUCCUGCUGAUUUCCUGGGCCAGACAGAGAUGUUCAACCCCACAGCUCACCCUGAGGGUCUGGAUGGGGUCGGUGGCAUCGGAGGGGUCAAUGUCCCCAUGGAUGGAGAGCUCAGCCUCAUUGCUGAGCCCCAGAAGGUCAGAACGAGAAUGAUUCAGUAUGCAAGGACAGCCAAGAGAAUGGACAUGAAGGUCUUGAAGACAACCAUGUGGGAGAUCUUGACUGGUCAGCAGGAGAAGAGAACAGUGGGAGAGGUGGAAGGUGCUGAGAAAGAGGAGGAUGUGGCAGUGAUAACAGGAGAGAAGGUCUUCAGUGAUGACAUAAAGGAGCUGCUUCACAGAUUGCCUUCUAGCAUGGCUACCAACCUGUCAGUAUCCUUGGCUUUUUUCUGCCUCUUGCACUUGGCAAAUGAGAAGAAUCUGGAGCUGGAGGGCACAGAGGACCUAUCUGAUAUCUUGGUGAGGCAAAACAACUGA